AUGCAACUAGUGGCAUCCGUCCGAGAGCUUCGCCCGCUCACCGAGUGGUCCCCUAUACAGGAUGACGGUCAACAAAAGCCUUCGCGCACCACUUUCGGCUUUGUCACCAACGAUUACUGUGCCUACUUUGGCCAGGCCGCUGUUGGGAAGUGGGAGCUGACCACGAAGAUGGUCAACGACUGCUUGAAACGUGUCCCGGACGACGACAUAUACCCCAGAGCACCGGCCCAUAUUACGGUUGCUUCAAUCGCAACAGAUAGCAGCAGCGGACUUUUCGUCAAAGGCCCUAAGCUGAGCAGAUACGACGAAUUGGAGGGAACAGGCAUAGCUUCAGAGCUACUCUUGCAUGAAGCUGAGACAUUGGAACGGCUUGCUCAUCACAAGCAGCAUCCCAAUAUCAUUCGGUAUCAUGGUUGUAUUGUGGAACGAGAUCGUAUCGUUGGCAUCGUCCUGGAUCGUCAUCCGGUUACCCUGCAGCAGCGAUUUACCGGUGAUACGGAGAAUCUCAGCCCAGAUGAUGCUGGGAUGUUCGACAAGGACUUGUGCAUCAAGAAAAUUAAGUCUGCUGUUGAGCAUAUUCAUUCACUUGGGCUGGCGCACAAUGACCUGAAUCCUUCAAACAUUAUGCUCAACCAAGGAGAACCUAUCAUCAUUGACUUCGGUUCCUGCCAGCCUUUCGGGAAAGCUCUAGUCUCAGCAGGCACGCCUGGAUGGGUGGAUGUGGAUUGCUGUACUACUUCCGCGCUACGGAAUGAUGAGGUUGCUUUGGAUAGAAUUCGGACAUGGCUGAGGGAAGGAACCUUUGAGUCGGCUAUGUGA